AUAUCCCAAACAAAAUAAAGGUGAUUCUGGGUUCAGUAAUAAUGAGUGCCAGACCCACGGUACAGGCACUGGUCCUGAUGGCCGCCUGCGCGUACACUGAAAGUGUGUAUUUCAGCUAUGCCAUGAAGCCUCGUGCGAUUUCAUUUGGCUACGGCUGGCUGUAACACUGGGAUCUGUGGGAAAUGCACGAAAACGGCCUUUCGUAUGCAGGCAUUAUUUCUACCACAGCCAAGCGAUUUGGACAAGCCUAAUCCAUGUGCAUGCACGAGUUACUCAACUUUCAUCUGUUGACUUCCAAAAUGCCGCCCAUUCAUAAUUCUAAACCCUUCACGGUUCAGUGACCAUGAGUACGUGGGAGUGCAAUAUUUCUGGCAACUUAUGGCAACAAUACAGGACCAUAGCUUACGCGUGAUUCAUAGGUAAAUUGAAAGCAAAGACUCGCCCUUCCCGGCCGUUAGGGAAGUUCACGUAUAAUAUAUCCUGUGGUGUCCUGGAAUAAUGAUCCGAGUUGGAGGUUGACACAAGGCCGUCGAAAGUUGUGCCAACGCCUUCAGAUAAUCUGUGUUGUUUCCUGUGUGGCAUUAGUGGGCUUUGGAGACAAACUACCACGGCUGUGGGACCUUGGUGUUCAUCAGUACACAAAAAUGGCUGAUGUUCGCAUCUGGUAUUGGCCGUUCCUCUGCAGGUUGUUGAUGGGGUUCGGAUUCAUCUCUGUAUCUUUAGCAGCAGAUGGCGACAUUAAAUUGGUUGGAAGCGAACGAAGCAUCGAGGGCAAGCUGAUAAUCGAACGCGAGGGUGUCUGGAGGACGGUGUGCUUCGAUGGAUGGACGCAUGAAGACGCAUCGACUGCUUGCAGGCAACUCGGCUACUCGAAAGGUUCUAUGAUCACCAGGGCAAACGAUGGAAACUUCGCCGCACCGGCGGCCACGCCCGUCUUACAAGCACCGGGCUGCAACACGUCCCACGACCGGCUCGCCAACUGCCCAAAUUUCCAGUUUCAGGAGAAUUUGAGCUGUUCAACUGAGGUUGACAUCAGCUGCUACGUGGACGACUUCAAGGGAUGUUACAUGAACACUCCGCCAUCUUGGAUUGAUCUCGAAGUAUUAGGCUCAGCAAGUGCACGUAGCAUUGAAACUUGUUUGAAGUCCUGCAGGACAUUGUCGCCAAACUCCAGGUUCGCAGCACUUGCUGGUCCCCGAUGUAUUUGCGGUACCGAUGAAGGGAAUUUAGGUAGCGCCCUCUCGGUGUCAGAGUGUGCAGUGCCAUGUACUGGAGAUGUCAUGGAAGCAUGCGGAUCUAAUGCUGUCGGCGAUGAAGGAAACUUCGCUAUUUGGCCAGUUACCGUCGGGGCAUCCCAGGGCUCGACGACCGCCGCCUCAGGCUGCCUUUACUCCCCAGGCUUCCCCGCUCGCUACGAAACCAACGGCGCUGCAACCACCCACGAGUUCAGCGUCACCGUGUCAACACCCAGGUACCUCUCGCUUACGACCAAGAUGUUCGACAUCUACAGCGCCGACCGCGUUCAGAUCAGGGGCAUGCCGAUCGGCUCGGCGACGGCGACGUUUAAUCUCACCGCAGCGGAGACCGCUGUGAUCCCGUUCACUUUUACGGUGUCGAGAUUCUCGUUGCUGUUUGUGACGUCCGCGGAAUCGCCCUCGAUGAGUAACUACGGGUUUGUUAUCUGCUACGAAUCGCUCGAGCAACUUCCGACUUCCCCUCCUACCGUUCCCUCAACCAACCCUUCUACCAUGUUGUCGACGAAUCAAGAGACCAACCCACCAACUGCACCCCCGACCGUGCCACCGACGACUCCCCCGACAGUACCGUCAACGGCUUCCCCAAGUGUUGCCUCUAGAACACCGACCGCAGCCUCGGCUAGUUCUAUGGACCCGCAGACUGUGCCAACUACCCCAGGUCCAGACGGCUCCACAAGUUCCGAGCAACCGGUCGUCAGUAGCUCGUUAAGACCACCGGUCACCACAGAUGGUCAGGACACAGGUAUCACAUGUCCUGCUGACCUGGGUGAGCCUGUUGAAAGCAGACCAGGUCGCGAGACAAUGACCGACAUUCUUCUCAUCAACGCGGGUAACCCGUUCAACUGCACCGGUUUCGUGACCAGUGUGAGAUAUUAUUCCAUCGACAAUCAGCCUCUGGAGGUCAGCAUAUGGCGACCCUCUCACGAUCCGGACACCGAUGAGUGGCCGUACACCUUUGCCUCUGGGACCACUUUGGGCGGAGCGCCCCCGGGUACCGCGAACGAGUCGCUGGACAGGGACGACUGGCUCCCGUUCGGGCCCGGAGACGUGAUGGGAGUCCGCUUCCAGAUCUCGCCGCUGGUGUUCAGCGACGCGGUCCCAGCAGACGGGGCGGCCACGCCCUGGAUGAAGUGGACACUGGAGAACGGCAGUCACCCGGGGUCCAUCGGGGAGAAAAGGAACGCAGUCAAUGCUACAGCACUGAACAGGACCUACUCAAUCUCUGUGACCUUAACAGACAAAGCUCGCUGUCUAAUCCCAAUCGUUCCCGAUGUCGCUCCCGCGGAUGUCAUAGUGCUGUAUGUGUACGAGGGAGACACUUACACGUUGGACUGCAGGGCGGGCUACCGGCCGGGUGGAUCCGAUCCUGUCUACACCUGUCAGGCUAACGGCACCUUCGACAGGGUCUUGGAAUGCGAGGAUGGUGGAAUACCACCGGGGCAAAUCUUCGCUGUGUUGAUCAUAUGUGUGGUGGUCCUGGUGUUGAUCUGUCUGACAGUGUUCGUCCUCACUUGUAUGCUGACAUGUUGCAGGAGGAAUUCUGCCGAGAAGGCUGCAUCCGCUGGGGCCAGCACCAAGGUGAUGGAUGAGCCAGAUGCUGGCAUGGGCGAUGGCAACAGCAUGGACGACAACCAAUUUCUCAUCGACAUUGACUCGGAAAACGGCGAGCUGGACGGCGUCGUCAACCCGGCGGAGGUGCCGGAGGAAGCUACGUCAUCGGAGCCCAUCGCGUCAUCGGAGCUAUCGCUGGGGCCCAUCCAGUCAACAGACCCACCGCCGGACGCUCACGGCACUGAGAACGGCAUCCCUAACCCGGAGGCCGAUGUAGAGGGCACCUCAGUGAUGGAAAACCCGGUCCACAAUGCCGACGACGUGUUCGAGUAAAUGAGAGCCGCGUGUCAAACUGGAGAGGCGUUGCACGGAGUGCAUGUGAGACAAGUCUAGAGUCUACUGACUUGUUUUCAAAUAAUGUAUACACUGUACUGUGAGACCCUUCGUGUCGUAUUGUAGUGCUGGCGUUCAGUUAUUUGCGAAAGGGUGAUUGAUUCAACCCAGCACGAUGUCUUUUAUUUUGUGACAUUUAACCAAUGGGGAAUCUCGCUAGACACACUGAUUUGUACGCCGAGCAUUUAAUCUGAAGUUAAAGACUUGGGAAGAAACAAAAUCCGGCAAACAAAGAACAAAGGGCUUCUAUUAUAUACAUUUAAGUUGGCAAGUAAAGACAGGUGUGGCAAAUGCCUGGGUAGAAUGCUUAACUAAAGAGAACCUUUUUUCUGUACCAGUAUUUUUGAAAAGGCUGGAGUUUUUGAUCUACGCCUUUUCUGAUAUCAUGCUUUUGAGUUUGAACCUCAGAUCACAAGCAACACAUUAGUCCACCAAGACACUAUUGGUGUAGUACAUUUGGAUUAUUUGUUAACCAAUUAGGCCUAUUGCCUUUGAAACUUGUAAUAGUAGUUUUAAUAGGAUACAAUUUGGGAGCUUUGUUACAGCCAAUACAGUACUUUUCUUAUUUUUUGUAGAUUUUAUGUAAUCGAAUAAGUUAACUCUCCUUGUUUGUAUUUAUGUUAAAGGGCUUUUGUAUUCUACUGUAAUGAUUUUGUGAAAGUUUAAAGUGUAAAUUUGAGGACUGUACUUUUGUUAAUCUCAUGAAUCUUUCUAUUAUGUUAUGUGCAACAUUGAUAUAGGCUGCAAUUGUGUUGCCGCAGGUUAUAGAAAUGAAAAUGGAGCUAUGCCAACAUUUUGAUCUUUGGUUUCAUGCAAACACGACAGUUUCGCUGAUUGCGGCCAAAAUUUGACAGUCAAAUCAAAGGUUUAACUAAAACUGUUUUUGAAACAGGAGACGUCACUUUAAUGAAUAUCAGUUGCAUGAAAUGUAAUGGGAUUUGUGUACAUAUUUGUUUUGGAUAACUGUUUGGCUGGCUAUUCUAAGGAAAAUGUCGGCAAUUUUAAUUAAAGUUUUGUGAAUUUUCAGCUUCAGAAUUGAAGAUACGCGGCACCAAACACGUGAGGCUUUUAUCGUGCACGUUUCCUCCCAGAUCUUUCGCUGUUUAUGUGGAACAAUCUACUGAGCAAGUUAUGAGGGCGAGGCGAAAUUGGCUCUCAACAGUGACAACUUGGUGGUCUGAAAGGCUUUUGAAGUAUUGAACCCUUGCCUUUACUUUUGUCCAUCGGAUGAAUAGAGAACACCUUUAAAUAAGGUUUCAGUCUGUUGCUACUUUUAAAACAUAUUUAUCGUCAUUGUAAUAUUGGUGGAAGAUAUUAAAAAUUUGUAAAUUUAAUUGAGAAAUAAAUCUGUUGUAUUUUACA